AUGGGAAACAGCGGACGCUACGAGAACUUGCACAACGCUCCAGAUUUCAGGACAUGCGGAUGGCUGUGCAGAAUCUGGAGCGGAGGUCUUCAGAAGGCCUGGAGCACAUGGGGAUGCAGACUCUGCUCUCAAAGCUCAUCUAGCACACAGCCUUCACAUCAUCCCAGGACACAAGCGGAGAAAGCCAAACGCAGACAAGCACGGGAGAAGGCCAUACUCAGCAGCGAUGUUAAUGAUCCUGGACUUAUCUGGUCAGAUAAAGAGAAAAUAGCAUACACUGCUGCACUCGUACCUGUAGAGAAGAAAGACACCACUCUGCCCUUCCCACAAUCCUACAGCCCGGAAUAUGUGGAGUUUGGCUGGUAUCAGUGGUGGGAGAAACAGGGAUUCUUCAGUCCUGAGCGGCAUGUAUGGGAGCAGUUACAGCUUAAUAUAAGCUGUCUCUACCCUAAAGCAAAUAAAGAAAUCAAUGUGGACUCAAAGGAGCUGUCUGGCUGGACUCUUCUGUCUGUUCCCGGUUAUCAGCACAAAGUGGAGUUCGGGAUCUUGCUUACAUUUGCUUAUCCACUGGAGGGACAGGAAGGAGAGGUUGCAGUAUCAACCACGCGUCCAGAGACGAUGCUGGGAGACGUGGCCAUUGCUGUUCAUCCUGAUGACCCUCGAUAUAAAGAUCUUCACGGCAAACACUGCAGGCAUCCAUUCACUGAGCGCUUAUUACCCAUCGUCACUGACAUUAUGGUUGUUAGCACAUUUGGCACAGGUGCUGUUAAAGUGACACCAGCUCAUGACCACACUGACUUCCUGCUCUCUCAGAGACAUUCACUCCCAAGCCUCACUGUGAUUGGAGGAGAUGGGACCAUGACCUCAGACUGCGGCCAAUGGCUAGAGGGUGUUAAGCGAUUUGAUGCCAGGGAAUGUGUAAUUAUUGCGCUGAUGGAGAGGAAGCUGUUCAGAGGAAAGAAGGAUCAUCCCAUGUCAUUACCAUUCUGUAGUCGUUCUGGAGAUGUCAUUGAACCGUUGCUGAAGAAACAGUGGUUUGUGCGCUGUCAGGAAAUGGGCAGAAAAGCAGUUCAAGCAGUGGAAGAAGGAGAUCUACAGAUAAUUCCUCACUUUUACACAAAAAUGUGGAAGAGCUGGCUGUCCAACAUCAGCGAUUGGUGUAUUUCCAGACAGCUUUGGUGGGGUCAUAAGAUACCAGCCUAUCGAGUGACAGUGGAAAACUCAAAGGACACAGAAGAGGAGCAGUGGGUUUGGGGCAGAAGUGCUGCAGAGGCCCGACAACGUGCCGCUGUGAAGUUUGGAGUGAAUCCUGAUGCCAUCACACUCACACAGGACCCAGAUGUGCUUGAUACUUGGUUCUCUUCUGGUCUCUUCCCGUUCGCAAUGCUCGGCUGGCCUCAGCAGACAGAAAACUUGAAACAGUUCUACCCCAAUUCCGUUCUGGAAACAGGAAGUGACCUCAUCUUCUUUUGGGUGGCCAGGAUGGUGAUCCUGGGCAGAGAGUUGACAGGCCAGCUGCCCUUUAAACAGGUGCUCUUUCACUCUCUGGUGAGAGAUAAAUAUGGGCGGAAGAUGAGUAAAUCUUUAGGAAACGUCAUUGACCCUCUUGAUGUCAUCUCAGGGGUUUCUUUGGAGAGACUUCAAGGGAAAGUCAGAGAAGGAAACUUGGAUCCGAGGGAAAGCGUUGUUGCCAUGGAAGCUCAGAAGAAAGAUUUCCCUAAAGGGAUUCCUGAGUGCGGGACAGACGCUUUGAGGUUCGCACUCUGCUCUUAUAAAGCCCAGGGAGAGGACACCAGCCUGUCUGUGUCUCAUGUGCUGAGCUGCAGACAUUUCUGUAAUAAGAUGUGGCAGACAGUGCGCUUCACCCUCGCCACGCUGCAUGAUGCAAGUUUACCUACGUCAUUAGCAGAGACCUAUCCUCUAUCCAGCAUGGACAGGUGGAUCUGUUGGCGUCUGCACAGCACGGUUCAGCAGUGUGAGAGGGGUUUCGAGAGCUACGAGCUCCACACGGUCACGUCUGCACUGCACUCUUUCUGGCUCCACGGUCUGUGUGACGUCUACCUGCACAUCAUGUAUAUAGUAGUUGAAAUCUUUCAUCAUGUGACGUGUAAUAGUUGUGUUGUUGUAGUGUGGGCGGUGUGUGCACCGGAUCAGGCUGAGACUCUUCUGCGCUUCAGAUCAGCUGUCUGCACGCUGGGCCGGACCUCAGCGCUUCAUCUACACUGUCCAGAGGCAGGCUUCACCGACUCUCCUCCUCCACCUAAGGCCAGUGCUGUAGGGGUGGUGGAUCACUCCAUCUGCUUACAUCUCAGCGUUCAGAAUGGUAUUAAUGCUGACAAACAGAGAGCUCUCCUCUCUCAGCGCAGAGAAAAGCUGGCCUUCAAACUCAAACAAGCCCUCGCUCGCACCCAGACGCCCAACUAUGCAGAAAAAGUACCCAAUAGAGUCAGACAAGAGACAGAGAACAAGACUGCAGCUAUGGAGCAGGAGCUGAAGAACAUCGGGGACCAACUUUUGGCUUUGGAAGAGACACGAGGAAAGAAGUCUAAUUGACACACUGAUCCAAAUAUUAAAUUCAACCAAUAACCACUUUUGGAGAGAAGAGUGAGAAGCAGAUUCCCUACUUUGACAUCUCUGAAGCAACUGACAGAUGACAUUUAACUGGUGAAAAUGGUGGUAAAACAGUAGUAAAGAAAUACCGCCUUUCCCAGGUGUUCACAUUAUUUUGAUACUGAUUUGUGCAGUUUGGUUACAUAAUUGUUUAUUACAGUCCUAAUGUUGCUACUUUUUAGAGCAAUUACACUAUCUCAAGCAUUUAUGAAAUAUAUUGACGUCUUUAUCAAAGACAAGCACGUGCCAAAACAGCACACUUCCAUGUGUAAACUGUAGAUGUCCUCAUUGUUGACUGUGUCAUGUUUAGUCUCAGCAGGGAGCUCUUCUUCUUCAUUCAUAUCUUCCCCAUCAGCUGCAUUCUCAUGUAGGUCAUAUUCUGUGUUGUCCUCAAUUUCAUGAUUCCCUCUAAU